AUGGUUCGGCUGCGGGAGAUCUCGCGCACCGCCGCCUUCGCCUGGUCCCCCGGUGCCACCAAGCCCCUGAUUGUCACGGGCACCCGCGCCGGCGCCGUCGACGCCGACUUCUCGGACGAGACCAAGCUCGAGCUCUGGGACCUGAGCCUCGACAACCAGGAGCAGGGGCUCGAGCUCCAGCCCAUUGCGAGCAUCGUCGCCGACUCGAGGUUCUACGAUAUCGCAUGGGGACCUCCGACCGAAGAGUACGCCCAGGGCAUCAUCGCCGGCGCCCUUGAGAACGGCUCGCUCGACCUCUGGGACGCCGAGAAGCUCAUCAGCGGCGCGUCCGAUGCCUUGAUCGCCCGCACCACGAAGCACACCGGCGCCAUCAAGUCCCUGCAGUUCAACCCCCUGCGGCCCCAGAUCCUCGCUACCGCUGGCGCCAAGGGCGAGCUCUUCAUCUACGAUGUAAACGACCCCUCCAAUGCCUUCCGGCUGGGCAACACGGCCGCUCGAUCCGACGACCUGGAGUGUGUGGCAUGGAACAGGAAGGUCUCUCAUAUCCUGGCCACUGGCGGCAGCGGUGGUUUUGUCACCGUGUGGGACUUGAAGACCAAGAAGGCCUCCUUGACCCUCAACAACAACCGCAAGGCCGUCAGCGCCAUUGCUUGGGACCCGAACAACUCGACCAAGCUCCUGACCGCCACCCCUGACGACACCACCCCCGUCAUCCUUCUCUGGGAUCUCCGCAACUCGAAUGCGCCGGAAAAGACACUACAGGGCCACGAGCAGGGAGUGCUGUCGCUGUCGUGGUGCCAGCAGGACCCCGACUUAUUGCUGUCUUGUGGCAAGGAUAACCGCACUCUCCUCUGGAGUGCCCAGACUGGCCAGCGGUAUGGAGAGUUCCCCGAGGUCACGAACUGGACGUUCCUGACCCGCUUCCACCCGCAAAACCCCAACCUCUCUGCCACUGCCGGCUUUGAUGGGAAGAUUACCGUCCAGACUUUGCAAAACACCAACCCGGCUGCCGUACAGACCAGCGCCCAGAAUAACCUUGACGGAGAGGACUUCUUCACCCAGGCGCAGACGCAGCCUCAGGAGGCCACAUUCACCUUGGCCAAGGCCCCCAGAUGGUUUGAGCGCCCAGUCGGUGCCUCCUUCGGGUUUGGAGGCAAGCUUAUCAUCUUCAAGCAGACCCCCACACAGCCUGGCCAACACCGGGCGUCCCAGAUCCAGAUCUCUCAGUUCUCGGUAGAUUCGGACAUAGGAUCGGCCACCGAUAAGUUCGAGGAGUCGUUGAAGUCCGGCGAUCUCGCUGCGAUCUGUGAAUCGCACAAGGAAGAAGCCAAGACAGACGAGGAGAAGGCAGAAUGGCAGGUCAUGGAGACUUUGUUGGCUGGCAACCCCCGUAAGCACAUUGUCGAGUACUUGGGCUUCUCCCAGGAAGAGAAGCCUGAGGAGACCAACGGAACUCUCGAGGGCGCCGAAGCCAAAGAGACCGAGGCUGGUACCGAGACGGAGAAGCUCGCCCCCGCCAAGGGCCACAAGAAGAACCGCCUGUCCAUGUUCUUCUCGGAGGGUGCGGAAGGCGAAGGCGACGACUUCCUUGCCAGUCUCUCAGCUACCAAGGGUGCCAAGACGGACAACCCCUUCCACUUGUUCGCGGACAGCGACACGACUAUCGAGAAGUCCAUUACCAAGGCUCUCAUGCUUGGCGAGUUUGAGAAGGCCACCGCGAUAUGUCUUAAGGAGGAGCGAAUGGCCGACGCAUUCAUGAUUGCUCACUGCGGUGGCAAGGAGUUGGUAGACAAGGUUCAGUCGGCAUACCUGACCCAAAAGGUUGGAAUGCCUAGCUACCUCCGCCUGCUCAGCUCCGUAAUCGUCAAGAACCUCUGGGAUGUCGUCUACAAUGCCGAUCUGGCUGGCUGGAAGGAGACCAUGAUCACCCUUUGCACCUAUGCCAGCCCCGAGGAGUUUUCUGACCUGUGUGAGGCCCUUGGAGACCGCCUCUUUGAGUCUGGCUCAAGACAGGAUGCUUCGUUCUGCUACCUUGUUGGCUCAAAGUUGGAGAAGGUCGUUGGCAUCUGGAUCAGCGAGUUAGAGGAGGCUGAGAAGGCAGGCUUGGCGGCAGGUGGUGAUUCAUCCUACUCUAUCCACGCAAGGACCCUGCAGCAAUUCAUCGAGAAGGUGACCAUCUUCCGUGAAGUGACCAAGUUCCGUGACGGCGAGACGGGCUUGACAUCUGGAUGGAAACUCACCUCGCUGUACGACAAGUAUACUGAGUAUGCGGAUAUUGUGGCUGGUCAUGGUCAACUGGGUGUUGCCCAGAAGUACCUGGAUUUACUGCCUACUUCGUACCCUGCUGCAGAUGUGGCACGCAACCGCCUUAAGCUUGCUACGCAGAAGAAGGCGCCACAGCCAACUCUCAACACCCGAAACCAACCUAGAGUGGCCUCUGCAAUCGGUUUCCAACCCUCCCAACCCGCCGCCAGCCCACUCAACCCCUAUACAUCGCCGGCCGUACCGACUCCUGCUGCCAACCCAUAUGCACAGGUCCAGCCGACGAACCCGUACGCACCCCCGCAAGCCGCCGCUGCAAGCCCGUAUGCUCCCGCUGGUUACCAGCCAAGCCCCGUGGCCCAGCCCAGUGGAUAUGCGCCCGGUGGGUACGGUGCUCCGACUCCUAGCUACGGUGCGCCGCCCCAGAACUUUGGUGCUCCUCCCAGGGCAGGAAAAUCGUCACCAGCACCGCCUCCCAGAGCCAAGGACGUGGGUGACUGGAACGACGUUCCCAUGGUAGCCAAAGCAACCCCGGCCAGACGUACGCCUGCUCCGAUUACCUCUCCCUUCGGAGCCCAGUCACCGAACGCCGGGCCUCCGCAAAGUCCCGGUGGCACCCUCCGAGGAGGGGCUACUCCGCCGCUGCCACCUCCCAAGGCAGGUGCACCUCCGCAAGGCCGUGUCAUGUCCCCUCUGGGCGGUCCGCCACAGCCUGGACAGUUCGCGCCACCCCCUCGACCAGGGUCAGCCGUUGCCAAUGCCUACGCUCCACCUCCCUCCGCGCAGGCACCCCCUCCGGGUGGUCUAGGAAUGCCACCUCCCAUGGGUAACGUUGUGCCACGCACGGCGUCUCCUUACAAUGCUCCUCCUGCCGCUGGACCGCCCACUAGUCGAUAUGCGCCUGCCCCAGCCCCACAGGGUAGCCAGCCCCCGCAACAGCCGGGCAUGGCACCUCCCCCUGGAAACCGGCCGCCGCCCCCCAACCCCUACGCGCCAGCUCCCGGUGCGGCAGCGGCUCCGAGCCCGUAUGCCCCGUCUCCGUAUCAAGCGCCGCAACAGCAAGGUCCUCCUCCUACCGGACCGCCACCAGGCGGCCCCCCAAGGGCCGGUGUGGCUCGUUCUCCUGCACCACCUGCCCCAGCUGCCGCACCUCCGAAGGCGAAGCACCCUGCUGGUGACCGAUCGCACAUCCCCGCCAGUGCUCAGCCGCUUGUCGACAUCCUCAACCGUGACAUGCAGCGGGUAGCCUCCAAGGCCCCGGCUUCGUUCGCCCCGCAAGUCAAGGACACCCAGAAGCGACUGGGCCUGUUGUUCGACCACCUCAACAACGAGGAACUCGUCAAGCCCGACACCAUCGAGCAGCUGACUCACCUCGCGAACGCACUCGAAGGCAAGAAUUACCCCGAGGCCCAGCGCUUGCAGGUUGAGAUCCAGACGAGCAAGACCGACGAAUGUGGCAACUGGAUGGUCGGCAUCAAGCGUCUGGUACAGAUGAGCAAGGCUACUCCUUAG